AAUUUUUGCACUUUCACUCUAUAAUAAAAUGUGUAAUAUCUAAUUAAGCGGUCAAAACAUUAAUUUCAAAGUAUAAUCAAAUAUUAAAAGCUUUAAUUAAACUUAAUUUUCAAAUAAAAUUUAACUAAAUAUCCAUUUUCAAUUAAGAUCUAGUUGCAUUUAAAAAUACGAGUAUUAAGUAAAAAGUAUAAUUAGCGCCGUGAAAAAAAAACUAAAAAGAAAUUUAAAGUAAUGGAUUUCGAUAAAAUUUUAGAAAAAUGUGGUGAUUACGGUCGCUACCAGUUUAUGUUAUUAGCCUUAUUCGGAUACAUAAACUUUUUCGCAUCCCAACAUUAUUUUGGUCAAACAAUGAUAAGUUUUGUUCCAGAUCAUUGGUGCUUUCAUCCGAAAUUAGCUAACAGAACAUUUGAUGAAAUUAAACGAAUUUAUUCAAAACUUGAUAAGCCGUCAUGCACACGUUUAGAAGAUAUUAUUGAUGAUAUUGGUAUACCCAGCGCAGAGUUUUGCACUAAAUGGAUAUAUGAUUACGAUUUUGGAUAUAAAAGUAUGAAUACAGAAUUAAAUUGGGUUUGUGAUUCAGCUUACAUAUCUAUAUAUGGGCAAUCAUUCUUUUUCGUUGGCUCUGUUAUCGGAACAUUGCUUUAUGGUUUUUUAUCAGAUAAAUUUGGCAGGUUAGUAUUACUGAUUAUUGCAAAUUUAUCGGCUGUUACUGGAGAUAUUGCAACAACAUUUUCAACAGAUAUUAUUACAUUUUCAAUAAGCCGUUUUGUAUCCGGACUAGCAGUUGAUACUAAUGCUUAUCUGAUGUACAUGUUAGUUUUAGAAUACAUUAGACCAUCAAAACGUAUUGUUACUUUAAAUUUUGUUAUUGGCAUUUUUUAUACUGCUGGUUUGGUAAUUACACCAUGGAUUGCUGUGGCAAUAGGUCAUUGGAAAUUCUAUUUACUGUCAAUUACAAGUCCUUUAUGCUUGGUUUUUACAUUCAUAUACAUAGUAAAUGAAAGCGCUCAAUGGUUAGUUACACAAAAUAACAUUGAUGGAGCAAUUUUAAGACUAAAAAGAAUAGCGAAAUUCAACGGGGUUUCUGUGAGUGAAGAUGAUUUUUUAGAUUUCAGAAGGUAUUGCGAAAUAUACUCAAAAAAUGCUGAAGGAAAUGAAAACCCUGCUAAUUUCACGGACUUAUUUAAAAAACCCAGAUUAAGGAAAAGAAUUUUCAUAUUAUUUUAUGUAUUAAUGGUAACGACACUUUGUUAUAACAUUGUAAGCCGUAAUGUUGAAGGAACAGGUUUAUCGCCUUUUAUGCUGUUUUCAGUUAGUUCUACAACAGUUUUUCCAGCCGCGGCAGUUUUAAUUUUUCUUCAAAAUAAAAUUGGGCGUAAAGGAAUGGCAACUUCAUCUGCAAUAUUUUGUGCAGUAAUUGCUGGAAUAACAGGUGUCGUGUUGCGGACAGAACAAGGUCAAGAAAAAAAUGUCGCCUUACUUGCCAGUUUACAAAUAUUAGCAAGAUUUGGUAUAGCUUUAGCCUAUGAAUCCGGUAAUCAAUUCGCUAUGGAAUUGAUGCCAACAUCUGUUCGAGGACAAGCAAUUGCUGGAUUGCAUGUUGCGGGAUAUGCAAUUUCUUUUCUUAGUGUGCCAAUAUUGCACCUAUCAACUUAUUUCGCAUCAUUACCUUCAAUCGUUUUAACAUCACUGUUCCUUUCGGAAGCGUUUGUUAUAUUAUUUUUACCUGAAACAUUAAAUAAAGUCCUACCAAAAACAAUCGAAGAUGGCGAAAAUUUUUCAAUACAAGAAAAAGUUUUUGAUUUCGCAUGCUUUAAGCGAGAAAAGGUGAAAGACAUGAUUAGUUAAUAUUUCUUUCUUUUAUAUAGAGCUCGAAUCAAAAUAAUAACCAUUUUCCUUAAAUACAUAUCUUAAUAUGCGUAAGUUAUUAAAAUUUAUAUAAGUAAAUAAGUAUGUAUGUAUGUACUUGCACAUGUGCAACUACACAACAAAGGAGAAAAAGAAAAAUGUGCACCAACCUACAAACAUAAAUACAUACGUAUGAAUAGUAAAAAUUUAUUUCUUUAAAAAUUUUAAAAUACAGCCAGAUAUAUACAUAUGUA